CCAUCAAGAGAAGGAGCAGGAGACCCUUUACCUCAAUCACACCCCGAGGCCUUGAGACGCUUUACUUCACAUGUCUAUAAAAAGAGCUUUCCUCCCUUAAGGAAGCAACAGCAGACCCUCUCCUACUGAGCAUUUCUCAAAGAGCAGAGAGAAAGCAGGAGAGGAGGAGAGGGACCACAGUUUAGAGUCACCAGUCUGGAGGAUCUGUGGACAAAAGGAGUGACAAAAGCAAGAGGAGAGAAAGCAUCUGAAAAAGCUCCACCCCAGUCGAGUUGGUGUCCUGUGCACCGGGCUGAAGAUGGUGUGCCAGUGCUGGUUGUUGGUGGCGGUGAUGGCAUUUGUGUGCAUCCCCGGGUUUGAGUCAGUAUGCUGGGACAACUCCAUCUGCAAGGACCUGAGCAACAAGGCGAGGAUAUUGGACUGUGUUCACCUCUGCAUGUCUGUGAUCCAGACUGAAAUCCCAGAGCUCAGUGCAUUGGCCCUGAAAGUUGACAGUGAUGCUGAUGCUGGUGAUGGUGGCGGUGAUGAUUAUGAUGAUGACCUCUUACUCAGAGUUAUUCUAGCCACACUGGCUUCCCAUGACAAAAUAUCCGAGUCAGAUCUGAAAGCCCGCAGCGACGAGCGGCGCUCCUACAGAAUGGAGCACUUCCGCUGGGGCAAACCAGCAGGACUUAAGAUGCGAGAGCCAAAGCUGAAGGCCCGCAGUGACGAGAGACGCUCCUAUUCAAUGGAGCACUUCCGCUGGGGGAAGCCCUCGGGCCGUAAACGCCGACCUGUUAAAGUCUUUGCCUCUUCUCUGGAAGGAGGAAGCUCCUCUGAGGGCCGUUUUCCCUUUCAGGCUCGCAGACAGCUGAGCAGUAGCGAAGAUGAAGCGGAGGGGGACAUUGAUGGAGGAAGUAAUGAAAAUCAGGGAUUGCUGAGGGCCAGGGACAGCUCCAAAUCACAAAACCCCUUGAGCUUGCAGGAGAGGAAAGAUAGGACCUAUAAGAUGAGUCACUUCAGAUGGGGCAGCCCACCUGCAUCCAAACGUAACGGCGGCUUUAUGAAGCCGUGGGAGGAGAAACCUCAGGGGCAGCUGGCCAAGUUCUUCAGGAACAUUUUAAAGAUGUGAAGAGAAUAAUGGGAUAAAUGGAAGAUUCAGCAGGGGAGGCGAAUAGCUCAGAGAGUCAAAUAGCCAUUGCAUGUUAGUAACCACAUGUCUUAAUUUUAAAUUACACAAACUCGUUGCUAUCUUUUAGCAUGUUAUUGAAUGUCUUUCACUGACGCACCCACUGACUGCCUUCAACUUCUUGGCCUCGAAUCCAAAGCAUUCUGAGAGCAUACUCAUCUUAACUUUAUGAAGAAUCAAGCUGAACAGUGACCGUCACAGCGAGGUCAAAGGUGACUGUAAGGAAAUAAAUUAUUGAGACAGUUUUUAAAAAGUCAUGUCUUUAUGUAAAUAAAAAAGAAUAUUAAAGAUCCUGUUUGUGGCAAAUAAUACAUGGAAUCUUCUGCCUAAGGUCAUUUAUUAAGCAAAACCUUGAUGAGAGCUGACAAGUUGUGAGCUCUCAUCAAGUGUGAGUUGUUAUGUCUGUCAAACUGCGUUAUAGGGCAUUUUUAAUGCA